AUUGAUAAAAAAUCACUGCUGAAAUGUUUACGUGCUCUUGAAAAAAAAGGUUAUUUGCAUAUAUUUGAAACGGUUGUCGUUGAGGAAUUUCGUUCUAACAAGAUUUUGGUUGUUACUGAAAGUGAUAUUGCUGAUGCAUCCCAUCCGGAUAUUGAAGCAGCCAUUCGUGCAACAAUCAAUGAAUACAACGAAAAGGGCCGCGUAUUCCCUCAUGGACAACUUAGGUUCGUUUGUACUUGUAUUUUAUUCACUUAUGGACGAAAAAAGUUUAAAGGCAGUAGCUACUAG